CGCCAAUUCUCAUCGCGCAGGCAGCCAUGGCCAUGAUAACCAAGCUCUCGCCGUUCGUCUCGUUCUACGAGCCGGCGGAGACUCCGGCGCAGAACUCAGCCGGUGCCGUCACGCCCAAGCUGAUUGUCGUGGCGAGCUGGAUGGAUGCACGCGAUCCGCACGUCGCGAAAUACAUUGCCCGAUACCAGGCUCUCUAUCCCACAUCCAAGGUCCUGAUCGUCAAGUUCAUCUUCAAGCAGAUGCUCUUCGAGUCGACCGUCACCAAAGCUAUGCAACCAGCGGUCUCGUACCUGCGAUCUCAGCUGGAUUCUGGAUACUUGUCAGUGUCGCCUUCGCGGCCCGAAAUCCUGGUCCACCUCUUUUCCAACGGCGGUAUAGCGAGCACGAAGGCCUUGUUCAACUCAUACCGCCGGCAGACGGGCCAUGCCUUCCCUAUACACGCGACGGUCUAUGAUUCAUGCCCCGGCCAGUACUCGUAUGCAGCCACUCAGGAUGCCGUCAUGGCCGGCGUUCCAAAGGGGAUACGGCGGUGGAUCGUGGGGUUUCUCGUGCAUCUGUUGAAUGCGUAUGUCUGGAUCAUAAUCCGUUUGGGUCGCCCGGACAGGCUGGCCGCCAAUUCCAAAUUUCACAAUGAUCCCGAGGAGAACCGGGAGACAAAUCGCGCUUAUAUCUACGGGGCUAAGGAUGUCAUGGUCGACUGGAGACAUGUUGAGAUUCAUGCGAAGCAGGCUGAGGCAAGGGGUUUUGUAGUGCGGAAAGAGCUAUUCCAGGAUGGCUUGCAUGUCGCUCAUGUCAGGUCAGACGAGACACGGUACUGGAAGAUUGUCACCGAAACCUGGGAGCGCGCCAGACUGGGAGUGUAAAGCAGCUGUCAUAAUGUUGUGCUUGAUGGACAAGAAGGGUUCCAUCACUACGUAGAGCGUAAGACAGAGCCCCUAGUGUGAUUAUAAUGUGGAAGAGCAUGCUGAUAUUUUGAACAGAAC